AUGGAGCAGCAGCCCGAGGACGAGCGCCGCGGCCGGCGCGCCGGCCGGCCCCCCAUCCGCUUGCCUCUCCACAGAAACAGCUUCAGGCGCAGCCGGAGCCUCUCGCCGUUCUGGCACGACGACGACGCCAACAUGUAUGCUCUGAGCAGACCCGCCGGUGAAGCGGGUGAUUCUGGAGACGAGCCAUUGCUGGUCCGCGAGACGGCGCCGACGACGCGCGCAGAAGAACCGAUGGCAUUGUCGCGGCCCCAAUGGAACGCAGCUCCGAUGGAACGCGGCCUCGAUGGAAUGCCCCGCGCGUCGUUUGAUCCCAACAGCGACAACCUGCCGUUCACGGGAGGCCGGGACCACUUCGAUGUUGGACUUGAGCUUCAGAAGCUGCGCGGUAUGAACGGGCCGGAGAUGGAGAGAUACAUUAAUGACGAGAUGGAUAGAGCCGAUCUUGCAACCAUGUUAGUUGAAACUAGGAUGUGGAUUCACUGGGGAUUUGAUGGGGCUCGCCGCGCCAUGGAAGAAGGCAGGCCCGGCCUUUUCAAUUUCCCCGACGAGCCACGGGGGCACACGAGCCGUAUUCCAGACCAGUCGUCGCAGGGCUCCGCGCCCGGCGGCGUUCCCCAGAAAUCCGCGCCGGCCCGGCCCGCGGCCUCCGACCGGCGCCAGAAGCAGACGGACGCCCAGUCGAAGGCCUGCGACGCUAGAUUUGCGAUGGGCCGCACUUCCUCGCCCGCGGACGCCGACGCGGACUCCUACCCGCCGGACCAGGAGGACUCGCCGCCGCUGCGGGUCUCGCGACUCUCGCCGCCGCCGCGGCGCGUCGUCGACCGCCCGCUGCAGCGGGAUGGGGAUCAUUACCGCCCGUCGCCGCCGCGAGAUGAUGUUCUCGAUGAUAUUGGGCCCGCCCUCGCCUACGCCGACUCCAUGCGGGUUCACUUUAGAGGCCUCGCUUCCAGAGAGGCACUUAAUAGCACGGGCCUCACGGCUCGAACUGGGGCCGCCCAGGCUUGGAUGCACGCACAUCUUGCUAUCCAGAGACAGCAGGCCCAGGAGAUGGUCAAUGGCUUCUCGGAGUCGUCGCCGCCCCCGGCCAAUCCGGGCAAUGCUCCUCCUCCUCCUCAAGGUCCUACUCCUGCUGUUUCCGACAAUAGCCCCUUACCCUUCAACCAGAGUGAUUGUGAUUUUGGAGCUGUCAUGCAGAAACUCCGAGGCAUGGAUUGGCCAGAGGCGGCGGCUUGGGCCAAAGCCGAAACGGAUAGGGCUGGGCUUGCUAAGGCGUUGAUUAUGAAUAGGAUGUAUUGCUAUGCCCAUCAAGAGUCUGAACGGCGAAUUAUCAAUAAUAUGACCUCCGGCGGAGAUACGAGGGGCCCGGUGUUCCACGCUACCGACGAUACUCUACCGCUUUGGGAUAGCUGUGAGCGGCCAGGACCACAUUUGAACCACCCGCGUCAGGACCACGGCGCCGCCUGCCAGGAUCCAGGCAUCUCGCCGGCACUGGCGUUGGGGCCGACGCCGGACCAAGUGGAGCUCGCCAAGUGCCGACGGGCGCUCGCCGCGGCCAAGCGAGCUCUAGAAGACAACGCGCCCCUGGAACCCUCGAGUCCAGAAUACUUCUGGGCGAGCGCGCGCGCCAGGGCCGCGUCGGCCCUCGCCGAGAUCUCCAAGGUACUAGAGGGGGAAGAACUCUAGGGACCCUGUAAAACAAGAAGAAUC